AUGGACACUCAUGAUCAGCCCAUCUCAGAAAAUCCAGAGAAGGUUACUUCAGAUGAGCAAGCUGCUGCUGAUGGUGCAAGUCCAGUUAGGUCUUAUGACUGCACCUUUUGCAAGAGAGGUUUCUCCAACGCCCAAGCACUAGGCGGCCACAUGAAUAUUCACCGCAAAGACAAAGCUAAGCUCAAGCAAACUUCCUCCUCAAAAAAUCAUUUAGAUGUCUCCAAGAUUAAUCAACCCACACAGCCACCAUCGAAGGACGUGGUGGCUACUACGACUCAAGAGAGAUGCAGUUCGAAACGGCCUGGGAUUCUUGGUGAAGAAAAUGAUGCCACGUCUAACACAGACAAAACCCAUGUUAGAGAAGUCCGACAGCUGCCUUUGUUUGCUGAAAAACCACUAAGUACCGGCCAAGUUCAUGAGAAUACUGCAAUUGUUUUGUCAUCAUCGAGCUCAUCGGGGUCGUCGGAGUUGGACCUUGAACUUAGGCUGGGACCUGAGCCUGAGGACUCUGCAUCAACAACGGCUACCAAAAAGUUCUUCUGA